AUGGACUCCCCAUCUUUCUCCAACAACAUCAUCACCGUCCUCUGCCUUUUCUUGCUCUGCAAUCUCCCCUGUUUUCCUUCCUCCUCGGUAACCUUCCCCAAAGAAGCUCUCCCCACCAAGUCCGGAUAUCUCCCCGUCGACCCGGCAAAACCCGGCUCCGCCAUCUUCUACACUUUCUACGAAGCCCAGCAACCGUCUUCCCCCUCACUCUCCACCACCCCGCUCGUCUUCUGGCUACAAGGCGGGCCCGGUUGCUCCUCCAUGAUCGGCAACUUCUUCGAGCUGGGUCCUUACCUCGUCACGCCUGAACUCGGCCUAACUAAGAACCCGGGUAGCUGGAAUCGAAUCUUCGGCCUCGUCUUCCUCGACAACCCAAUCGGCACCGGAUUCAGCACCGCAGCUUCUCCUCUCGACAUCCCCAGGGACCAAAACGCCGUCGCGUCGCACCUAUUCUCCGCCAUCUCCGCCUUCCUCCGCGGGUUGGGUCCGGAUUCCAAGACCCGCCCGCUUUACAUCACCGGCGAAAGCUACGCAGGUAAGUACGUCCCGGCAAUUGGGUCCUACAUCGUCCGCCACAACGCCAAUUUACCGGCUGCGGGAGGCUCAGAUUCAGAAUCGAGAUUGAACCUAAAGGGGGUUGCGAUAGGAGACGGGUUGACCGACCCGGUGACCCAAGUCCAGACCCAUGCCCUAAACGCCUACUUCUCCGGCCUAAUCAACGACCUCCAGAGGGAAGAAAUGGAGCGAGCCCAGUCGGAGGCGGUUCGAUUCGUUGGGAUGGAGAAGUGGAAGGAAGCUACCGAGGCUAGGAACAGAGUAUUGAACAUGCUGCAGAACAUGACGGGUCUCGCGACUCUGUACGAUUUCACCAAGACGGAACCCUACAAGACGGAGCUGGUGGUGGCGCUGCUGGCGUCGCUGGAAGUCAAAGCCGCGCUGAACGCCGACACCUCGAUCGUGUUCGAGGAGUGCGGCAAGGCGGCGGCGGCGGCGCUCCACGAGGACGUGAUGAAGAGCACGAAAGGUAUGGUGGAGGAGCUGCUGCUCUCGCCGCAGCCGCUAAGGGUGUUGCUGUACCAAGGGCAGCACGACAUGAGGGACGGGGUGGUGUCGGUGGAGGCGUGGAUGAAGACGAUCCGGCGAUGGGGAGGGUUGUCGGAGUUUCUGGCGGCGAGGAGAGAAGUUUGGAGAGUGGACGGGCUGCUUGCUGGGUAUGUUCAGCGGUCGGAGACAGGGAGACUGACCCAUGCGGUGGUUCUGGGAGCUGGACACCUUGUUCCGACGGAUCAGCCGGUGAAUGCUCAGGCGAUGAUGGAAGGGUGGAUUCUGGAGACGGGGCCUUUUGCUGCUGGUAAAGGUCAACAGCAGCAGCGGGUGAUUCCUGAUCAUUAUAGGUGGCAAUACUGA